AACAGUCAUUAAAUCAGAUCAGUAGAUGAUAAGAUGGAUGGAUGGACGGAUGGAUGGAUGGAUGAGAGAGAGAGAGAGAGAGAGAGAUAGGGCAGAUUGGGCACUAGGUUUAAGUCCAUCCAGGACAGAUUAUUUCUCACUCUUACAUCUACCUCCCAGUUCUCGCAGGACUCCACAUUCUCAAAUCCUCAGAGAACUCUACAUUUUUCACCUAGCUAAUUGUCUGGAUUCUAAGAAAUGGAAAACUUUGCUAGAUAAGCAAUUCAAGUGUCCAUUUUCAUCUUUCCAGGUGGAAAGAAUGUGCUGUCACCAGUAUGGCAGCAAGCAUAGAGACUCCGGUCCAGAUCAGGGUGAAAGCUGGUCCCCUUUCCUAGGAUUCUGGCCAGCAGGGUCAGUAAACGGCCUGGGGACGCUGUCCCCUACCCCCAGGCCAGAUUCUGGAGGAUUGCUGUGUGUCUCAGUGGCCCCACUACACGCUGAGAGGGGACUUGGAAUUCCUUUCUUGCGUCUACAGAAACUCAAUUCAGUAACGUCCCUUUUUUCUCCUACGGGCUUUUCACCACUUCCAAAUUCCCGCACUGCUGCCGUCACCCUCUGGUUUGCAAAUCUCUUGUCAAUCUCUUAGUAAAAGAUGCAUCAAGGAAGCACUCAUUGCCUCCUGCUAAUAAACGCAGCGUGUCAUGUGACACCUCCCCUCCCCCGCACCCUACCAAUAAAGUAGCUUGACGUGGGUCCUUUAUCUGCCAACAUCUACAUUUCCUUCAAGAGAGAAGACACGGUUCGAUGUGUAGACCUUUUCCCUCUCCAACGUCUCCGGCCUCCACUCCCAAGACAUCCCUAGCACAGGUGAAAACAAAAGCCUGUCUCAGCGGCCAUAACUCUGCCAGCAGCACCUCAAAGCCAUUCAAAACGCCCAAAGACAAUCCACUUACCUCCAGCAGCAAACAGCACACGGUCUUUUCUGCGAAGGGAUCACGAGAUAAACCAUGCGUUCCGGUUCCUGUAGUCAGUUUAGAGAAAAUUCCUAACCUAGUGAAGGCAGACGGUGCCAAUGUCAAAAUGAACUCUACAACCACUACUGCGGUCACCUCCGCCUCCUCCUCCUCCUCCUCUGCUGCCAUCUCCACCCCACCUUUAAUUAAGCCCAUCUUGAUGUCCAAGUCAGUGCCACCUUCGCCAGAGAAGAUCUUAAAUGGCAAAGGAAUUCUAUCAGCCGCCAUAGACAAGAAACACCAAAAUGGCACCAAAAACAGCAGCAAGCCCUACAGGAGACUUUCAGAGAGAGAAUUUGACCCAAAUAAACACUGUGGAGUAUUGGAUCCCGAGACAAAGAAACCUUGCACAAGAUCCCUCACCUGCAAGACGCACUCGCUAAGCCAUCGGAGGGCAGUCCCGGGCCGGAGAAAGCAAUUUGACCUCCUCCUGGCGGAACACAAAGCCAAGUCCCGGGAAAAAGAAGUGAAAGAUAAAGAGCAUCUCCUGACCUCCACACGGGAAAUACUCCCCAGCCCAUCCGGGCCGGCCCAGGAUUCUCUACCAGGAUCCUCGGGGAGCUCCGGGCCAGAACCGAAAGUCGCGUCCCCUGCGAAAUCGAGGCCACCUAACUCUGUCCUUCCCAGACCAUCCUCUGCAAACAGCAUAAGCAGCAGCGCGUCUUCAAAUCACAGCGGCUACACUCCAGAGCCCGCUGUGGCCCUGGUCGGAGGUGACCUCGCCAGCCGACUGUCCAGUGAUGAAGGGGAGAUGGACGCAACUGAGGAAUCUGAGAAGUUAGACUGUCAGUUCUCAACGCACCACCCCAGACCUCUUGCGUUUUGCUCAUUCGGGAGUCGCCUCAUGGGACGAGGGUACUAUGUGUUUGAUAGAAGAUGGGAUCGUUUUCGAUUCGCACUAAACUCCAUGGUAGAAAAACACUUGAACUCACAGAUGUGGAAGCACAGAAGCCCGAGCCACAGGGCGUCAGGUCCCUCCCCUCUGUUCAGGACUUGCCUAACCAAUCUGCUGUCACUGAGCAACAUUGGGGCUGCCUGGGUGUCAACUCUGGAGAGCGUAGCACCCCGCUGCCCUCUCAGCCUCGCUGCCCAAACCCCAGGCCCCGACGGGCCCGAACCUGGAGGGAUGGCAGCCGAUGGGGGCGUGGAAGACAUUAGGAAGAAAAGGAACGGUCAAGACUCUUUUUUCUUUAACAAGCAUUUAACUCUGCAUCAGGAGACGCCAACACAGUAUUCUCUUUCAGCCAGGAAGAUCCCUCCUGCGGCAGAUAGCCCCAUGCCCUCGCCAGCAGCCCACAUCACCACCCCCGUGCCAGCAUCCGUUUUGCAGCCUUUCAGCAACCCCAGUGCUGUGUAUCUGCCUUCAGCUCCCAUCAGCUCGAGACUCACCUCUUCUUACAUAAUGACAUCAGCCAUGCUCUCAGACGCAGCUUUUGUGGCAUCGCCGGACCCGCGCGUCCUCAUGUCCCACACCCCAGCUUUCCCCCAUGUGGCCGCAACCCUCAGCAUCAUGGACUCAACCUUCAAGGCCCCAUCCGCCGUGUCCUCGGUACCAGCCGUCAUCCCUUCCCCAUCCCACAAGCCAUCCAAAAUCAAAACCAGCAAAUCCUCCAAAGUCAAGGACCUGUCCGCCCGUAGCGACGAGUCUCCAAGUAACAAAAAGAGGAAGCCGCAGCCUUCGACUUCCUCCUCCUCCUCCUCCUCCUCCACCUCUUCCUCCUCCUCCUCCUCCUUGUCCCUGCAGACCUCCCUCGCGUCUCCAUUGUCAGGGCCCCACAGAAAGAACUGUGUGCUGAAUGCCAGUUCAGCUUUGAACUCCUAUCAGCCGGGCCCUCCCUACAACAGUCUGUCUGUGCACAACACAAACAAUGGCGUGAGCCCACUCGGUGCCAAACUGGAGCCCUCAGGACGGACCCCGCUGCCCGGCGGCCCCGCGGACCUAGCGAGACAGGUGGGCGCUGUGGGCGGCAGCAGCGACUCCUGUCCCCUCUCUGUGCCCUCCCUCGCGCUGCACGCGGGGGACCUCUCUCUGGCCUCACACAAUGCCGUGUCUUCUCUGCCCCUCUCUUUUGACAAAUCAGAAGGAAAAAAGCGUAAGAACUCGAGUUCUAGUAGCAAAGGCUGUAAGAUCACUAAAAUGCCUGGUAUGAAUAACGUUCACAAAAAGAACCCGCCCGGCCUGCUGGCCCCGGUGCCGGACCCCGGUAACAGCACCUCCUCUCGGCAGGUUGGGAAAAAUAGCAGCCUAGCUUUGUCACAGUCCAGCCCUUCGAGCAUAUCCAGCCCAGGACACAGCCGACCGAAGAACACAAACAGACCUGGCAGGAUAAGGACUCUUCCAUAACAAGACUGCGAAGCCACUUCCAAACCACUUCCAGGCUUCCUGGUCGUGCCUCGGGAGGCCGAGGCGGGAGGAGGGGGAGGGGACUGAGCCGUGGGAGAGAAGCUGUUUUCCCGUGCCCUGCCUGUGGCUCUGGCCUUUCUUCUCCUAAAUUUUUGAAAAAUUAACCAAUUUUUAUUUUCAAAGAAAAAGGCAAGAGACCGUGAAUCUGAUACUUGCAGCAAACAAUGCCAGUGUUUUGUUUCCGUUGUCUUUCCUUCCGUUUACCACGCGUAUACAUCUUCCACAUGUGGGAGUCCCUCCCCAGCUCCUGAUGCUGCUAUGGCACCCCGUUGUUUUGCUGCAGCCCGGACGGCAGGCGUGGCAGAGUGUCACUUCCGGGCCUGCUCCAUCUAAAGCUCUUGAACUUUAGCACCUGCAGAACGCUUUGCUUCCUGGUCCUCUCCCACCCCUUCCCUUCCAGCCUCCACCUGCCACUCCCUGAGUCCCCGCUGCUCUUCAGAGGGAGCUGGCUGUCCACAGGUCCCUCCAGACAGCACGCUGGGGAGCUGAGAGCAGGGGAGGGGUAGGGUGCUCUCAUCAGGUUUCUGCAGCCCACCAUGGCUGGAGCCCAGUGCUGGGGGCAGCAUAGAGAACCGGCCAUUUAAUGGUGUGGUUUAUCCAAUGUCACUUCCAGCUAAGCAGCUGGGUCAGGGACAGGGGCUGCAGUGGCCUAGGAGGGUGGCAGGAAGCAGAGCAUGAGAGGUAGGGGACCAUAACCCACCAAAGACGGUGAGAACUGGAUACCUGUGUUAGGAGUCCACUCUGCAGAAUCCAUCCCGGGGUGCGGAGCUGAGUGAGCCGGAGAGAGAGGGGGAUACCAGGCAGCCACUCCCUGGGGACCACUGCUGCUAACGGCCUUCCAGCAGCUGUCCAGGCUUCUGGGGGGUGGUUAAUGUGUUGAACCCCUUGGGAAAAUCAGUGCUAGCAUUUGCUGUCCUCCCCACGCCCCCUGCACUGCCAGGUGCGCCGACUCAGAACCAGCCGUCCCAGAAGGAACCACUUGGAAGAGCCAGGAACAUUGGAGCCCCGUAGCUGUAGAACUGAUCACACUGGAGUUUUGAAAAGAACCAGCAAUACCAUAAGCUCUGGCAGGCAGUGGUAACCAGGUUGGGAGAUCACGGUAGCAACUAGGUGUUCUGCGCCAGCCAUGUAGGCUCCUAGCCCGAGACACAGCAGGGAUGCUGGGAGGGUUUGCCCCAGCCUCAGGUCCCACGUGAGUGCACUGCUCGUGGCCUUGCUGGGCACAGGCCUCAUCCGCACCCAGAAGAUUCUCUUUCUGUCCCCUCCCCCAGCCCAAAGAUGAGACUACUGCUAAGCUUCACCACACAAUCCGAAUCCGCAAAGACUCGAGGCAGAUGGAGUGCUUUGCCUCCGUGGAAUUGCACUGACAGUGUUUCUUAGAGGAUUUCAAACCUUUUUAAUAUGAAAUGAAGAUGUUUUUAAAAUCAGGAGUUGCUAUCAAACACCAGGACAUGAGUUCAGAUGAUUUCAUUUUUAUUUCUACAGUGUUAAAAGUGCACUUAGAUGCUGGUUUAUUUAUGUCUUGGGGGAAAAAAGGAAAAGACUACAAACUGAAGGGAUGAAUGUUACUUUUUCUUCUUAAAAAAAAAACUUAAGGCAGAUUUUAAGACUUAUAAAUGUUUAAGAAAUUAUAAACAAGGUUAGACCCUUUGGAAAAAAAUUUAGAAGAUAUUCUUAAAGUAAAUUUUUAUAGUGUUAAUUUUGUAAUAAUUUAUGUUUUACUAUAUUGCAGAGCUAACUGACCAGAAUAGUUUCAGAAACAAUAUGAAACUUAGGAAAGUUUAAGCAAUGUUUCUAUUUUUAAAAACGUUCUUUGAAUUAUGUUUUUAUUGUACAUUUCUUCAGACUGAAAAGUGUGUACAUAUCUUUGUUAUUUUUUGCACAACUUUUGUCUCGUUUGGUUUUAGAAGUCUUGUUUUUUAUAAUUUAUUUUGAGUUGGAAAAACUUUCAGGAGUAAAAAACAAAACAAAACAAAAUCUCAGCAACAGAACCCGCUGAUCUACAAACUCUUGCACUCAGAGAGGGGGUACAAGGUGGCACGACGAAGCGGCUGCUUCUGCGAAAAAUGCCCGGACAGGGACUCCCGGGGCGGGUCAGUGGGUUCCAACAUCUUCCUCUCCACGUCUCGCCUGGGAAGCUGGACUCGAGAGGCUCCCCACCGAACGCUGCUCACACCGCUGAGAGACGGGCUCUGACCAAGGUGAGGACAUUUCUGGAAAACCGAACAAAAAGGGAAACCCUCCCUCCCCCCACCCCGCCGUACUUCCUCCUUUGCCACCCACCCCAUGUUUACGUUACGGCGAUGGACUGAAGACUUGCGGCUUGGAAACAGAACGCAGAGCUGAGGUGUUCUUUGGGUUUGAUUUCUCGGAGUUCGACCGGACCAGACCGUGAAAAAGCGGUCCGAGGGGGAGGUCUUCGGUGUUCUUCCGUGGCGCGCGCCUGGGUGCUGGGUGCUCGGUGCUCGGUCUGCCCCGCCGGGCCCCCUGACUGCGCACACCCCCGUCUUGCCUGAAGAGCUCCUGAUGUCUUGUCGCCAGCCGCCAAGGCCCGAAAGCUCUGGCUGUUAAGCAUCACGCAGCGCGUAGACCUGUCAGCCAUAAAACAAAAACAAGCGACCUGGAUAACUUGUAUGCCUUCUUUUGUAUCGACGUACCAAUUGUAAAUAACUCGGAUCGACCUUUGUAGAGAAUAGUUUAUACAGCAUAUUCUAUUAUUGCUGAUUCUCAGUGAACUCUUGUUUUGAAAAAGGAAACAAAAGAAAUUUUCUAUUGACACCUUAUAUUUUGUUAUGCUGUCGGCCCAUGGCACUUUAACGGAAACUCUGUGGGUUUUACGUAGCUGGUCCGUCAUGGGGUAGAUUAAAUAACUGUUGUCACACAGCCAAGAAUUUGCACCUGCUCAUUUGUCCUUUCCCUACUCUCGAUUUUAGAAGCUUCUCCAGAAGAAUUUUGAAGAAAGCAUGUCCGAUCACCCUAAGCAGACGCCACCCCGUGGAGUGGGUUUGUUUUCUGCGGCGCGCCUUCUGUAACACUACGCGUCUCCCUCCCUCGCACUAUCAGAUAGGAUGCAUUCCAUGCCUGUGCUAUCGUUACGCAGAACAAACUCUGCAGUAGGUGUAAAUAGUGAACUCUACAGCUCACGGUUUUCAGAGGAAAGAACAAAACACGUAUCUAUUGAUACUGCCAUGGUACAGCACCAGGCCUGGAAAUAUUCUCCAGUGAGUGAUUGUAUUUUUUUUGUAACAUGGCUUUGUAAAUAAAAUAAUUUAUAUGUUUGUAAAA